AUGACGGCGGAGUCCAUUUCAGAAUGGAAGCACAAGAGCGUCCGGGCGCACCGGCGCAAGGUGUUCACGCUGGGCUGGAACUCUGAGGGCAAGCGGCUGGCCAGCGGGUCUGUUGACCAGACUGUGCGCAUCACUCGGGUGGAUGACCACUGCAACCUGAAGCAGGAGUCUGAGCUGCGGGGGCACAACGACGGCGUCACAUACCUCAAGUGGCACCCCACACACCCCGACAAGCUGGCCUCCAUCGCCGGGCAGGAGAAGAGCGUGCGGUUCUGGGACACUCGCUCCUCCAAGAACACAGCGACCGUGUCCACCCCUGGCUCCAACCUGUACAUGGCCUGGUCUCCUGACAGCCACCACGUGGCGGUGGGCAACCGCGAGGAUGUGGUGUCCAUCGUGGACACGCGCAAGAUGAAGGUGGCCCACAAGUACCCCUACAAGUUCCAAGUGAAUGAGAUGGCCUACACGCGGGACGGCAAGCAGCUGCUGAUGUGCACUGGGCAAGGGGAUGUUGAGAUCCUGAGCUUCCCAGACAUGCGCAAGCAGCGAGCGCUCAAGGGCCACACCGCCCCCGUCAUGUCGGUGGCGCUGGACCGGCAGCAGCGGUUCAUCGCCACGGGCGGUACGGAUGCGGUGGCGUGCCUGUGGGAUACGCAGGACUACAUCUGCCAGCGGACAUACAUAGCCAUGGACUACCCCAUCCGGUGCCUCAGCUUCAGCCAUGACUCGCGGUAUCUGAGUAUAGCCGGGGAGCAGGCGGUGCUGGAUGUGGAGAAUGUGGAGAGCGGGCAAAGCCUGGGGCGGCUAGUGCUCAACGCCCACCCAGAGGACGUGGCAUGGAAUCCGCGGCACCACAUGCUGGCCUAUGUGGGAGCGUACGGGCGGGACAGCACUGGAAUGGAAUAUGGGGAGAUUGAGUUCCGGUGGAAAUGA